GACUCCUAAAUAACAUGCGUCUUGUUCAGUGUCCCAUGAAAAUAAGUCUGGGUUUGCCAAUUCCGGUAACAAUAAACCAAAUGAUUUCCUGAAUAUUCUUACUUUCGGCUCCGGCCACCGUCUCAUCCCACUGCACUGACUCAUUGCCCACCGUUUCUACCGUUAAUUGUUCGAUUAGAGUCCACCCCCAAAUAAAAAAUCAAUAACGUGAAGCGCUCGAGUCUUUCUAGCUGACUAAACGAAGCACCUUGUGCAUAGCGAAUUUUUUUGCAUGCCAUAAACCUUGCUGCUCCACCCUAGAAGCUUUUGUUUUCUUCAGUUGUUGCAACAGUAUGAAAGACACCUUUUGGGUGGAAGAUUCCAGUUUACAGUCACCUGUUUCCACGAAAAGGAAGAGGAGAGUUGGGAAAAGAAAAAUCGAGUUUAUUGGAUGGGGUUCUAGGCCUUUAAUUGAAUUUCUAGAAGCAAUUGGUAAGGAUACAAGCGAAAAGCACUCACGACAGGAGGUGGCAGCAUUCAUCAACAAGUACAUAAAUGAUAAUGGUCUUAGGAGUGCAGAAAAGAAGAAAAAAGUCCUUUGUGAUGAGAGACUUUACGCUCUCUUUGGUAAGAAAACUAUGUCGCGGAUAAAAGUAUUUGAUAUGCUGGAAGAGCAUUUUGCUGAAAACCACGACUCCGAUGAUGAGUCUCUUGACAGCUCAGAUGAAGAUUAUGCAGAAAAAAAAUUGGUGGAAUUUCAAAAGAUUCCUAUUAGUCAGAGGAAGAAGGUCUUUAAGACCCCUAAAAGCUGCUAUGCUGCUGUUACUCCUGAAAAUAUCAAACUUAUUUAUUUAAAGAAAAGUGUAAUUCUAGACCUUCUCAAGUUUCCUGAAAGCUUUGAAUUUAAAAUACUGGGGAGCUUUGUUAGGAUGAAAUCUGACCCUAAUGACAUUUAUCAAAAGAAUCGCUUCCAGCUUCAAAAAGUUACAGGAAUAGAGAAGAUUUCUGGCACUGGUGAUGCUGAUAUUGAAAUACGCCUAAGAGUUUCAAACUUCUUUAAGGAUGUCACCAUUUCCAUGCUCUCAGAUGAUAACUUUACUAAGGAAGAAGUUGAUGAUGUUUGUGACAGGAUUAAAGCUGGCUCACUUAAUAGGCUUACCGUUGAUGAAGUUCAAUUGAAGGCCCAAGCACUUCAUGUUGAUAUAACAAAUAAUUGGAUUGCUAAAGAAAUUUCUCUGUUGCAAAUGCGUAUUGAACAUGCCAAUGAGAAAGGAUGGCAAAGAGAAAAGUUCGAGUACCUAGAAAGAAGGACAUUGCUACAGAAACCAUCUGAACGAGAAAAAUUAUUGUCAAAAAUUCCUGAAGUGGUUGCUGCAGAUUUAGAGCCCGAAUCUACGGUAACCGCUACUUCCGUAAAAGCAGAAUUAGGGGCCUGCUCUCCAAAAAUUACUCCUAUUAAGGAACGUUCUGACAUCUCCAGUCCAGAGGCUGCAGGGCCUGGAGAGAUUGACACUCCACCUAAAGUUAAUUUAAGUGAUUCACGUACUCUCGAGGUUCAGAAUGGAGGCAUUAAUUGGGUUGCCGACAUCCCCCUCAAGGAUCUUGAAGUUCAGAUUGGAGGCAUUAAUUGGGUUGCAGACAUCCCUCGCAAGGAUCUCGAAGUUCCGAAUGGAGGCAUUGAUUCUGCUGCAGACAUCCCUCACAAGGAUAAAAAAGUUUAUAUCAUCAAACAAGGAGUGCUGGUUGCUAAGGUUAACGACAGCAAUAACGAGAUGCAGCACCCUCAGGGUCGGGAAGAGCCAGAGCAACGACUUACUACUCCCAUUGAGACCAAUACUGCGACGCAGGUAAUAUGUUCUGGAGAAGAGAACCCUCAACCAGCAAGUUCAACUACGGUGAUUGAGUUAAGCGAUGGCGACUCAGAAGAUGAUGUGCAAGAGCAAGAGGUUGCAGGCAUAAAUGGUGAAAACCCAGAGGAAUUUGAAUGGCACUACACUGAUCCCCAAGGGAUAACUCAAGGUCCUUUCUCACUAUCUUCGUUGAAGAUUUGGAAUGAUGCUAAUUUCUUCCCAUCAAAUUUCGUAGUGUGGAAAAGUGGUCAGACCUCUGAUGAUGGAGUUCUGUUAGUUGACGUUCUUCAUCGGACAUUCCCAAAUUGAUGUAGUCUGUAGAGCCAAUUUUUUUUCCAAAAGAAAAUGAUAAAUGGAAAGAAAAAACAACUGUUUUAGGGCUGCCAGUUUCUGUUACUUUUUCUCAAUAAAAUUUGUUCUUGUUCAGACAAGAUAGGUCGCCGGGAGGCUGAACUCACAUUUGAGUUGAAUUAAACAUUUUUCUGUAUUAACUCCUAGUAUUAAUGUGAGUAUAUUUUUUAAUUUUUGGAUGCUA